AUGUAUCUAAAAAAUACCAUUCUGGUGUACCUCUCCGGCGUAGCCUUCGCUUCUCCAGUGGCCUUACCGCAAGGCACAGGAGUUGGUGCGGAUUCAUGCCGUGUUGACGCAUUGGAGCCAAAAACAUGGACCGACCUUAAAAUCGAUGAUUUCCUUGCGGGGGCUGCGAAGAACUACACCAGGACGACGAGCAACAAUGUUCAAUCCCUAGCCGCUUCCUUCGGUGCUCCUAACUUCUUCUGUGGUCUCGACAAAUUCUGCAAUGCUGGCCAACCCUGCUUGCCCAUUCAACCACCUGCUUGGUAUGCUGCGCUGGCUAUCCAGAACUACAACAAUUACAUGAACAGCCUCAAUACCGCCGUCACAUUCGCUUCGUCAAUCAUCUCUUUGAGAUUGGGAGAGAUCGUUGCAGAUGUAUACCCGGAUCCUAAAGAUGACAUCACGCCAUUGAAGAAUAUUGGACUCAUGUUCAGCAGUGUCCUGGGCGUAAUUCCGUUGACUGGUGCUGUUGCCACAACUGUAACCGCUAUCAACGGGGGCCUGGGAGUUGCCUUGAGGCGUGCUCUCCCACCCACCCCACCUGAUAGGUUUCUUGCGUGGAGCAACCUUGGACAAACAAUGAGCGAUGUCCUGAGCGAUUUCCAGCGCUCCAUCUCGGAUUCAUUGGACAGAUCUCUUGACGCCGUGAUUGAUGACCCGACGGACGGCAUCAAUGAACUUAUCAAGGGAGGCGGAUUCCUAGGUGUGAGCCAAAACUUCACACAAAGCGAUCUCCAAGACCUCGUUACUGAGUCAAUCACCCGCCACGCAAUUGGCCUCGCCCUGCAAGCGCAGAAGAUUUUUGUAUACCGCAUCGCAAAGAUUCCAAGCUGCGGCACAUUGCCUGGCACAAUGUGCGUAGAAAACGGAGACGGUUCUUUCAAUGGACGCCUUUUGAUACAAGCGGAUUCGGACGACAAUUCACAGAACAAGGAUGAUCUCGCCGAGCUUUUGGCGACAAAAUACGGAAUUACCCAGGAGGAGCUACUCAAGGGCCCAACUGACUGCUUUGAUAUGAACAAUAAGCAGCAGUUGGUCAACCCAUUUGAGAAUGGUUUACCAACGGACCCGAAAGCCCCUUGCGUUUUCAACCUCCUUACAUGCAAUGUUGACGCGCCUAUUGGAAAAGGCAUCAUCGAAAGGUGCCGCGAUCAAGGAUUGGAUAUUUAG